AACACCGCGCGCGGCCCACUGUCGCUCACCAAUACCAUGACGGAGCGGUGGCAUACCUCUAAUGUUGUUGCCGAUUUAUGUCAUUGCGCUUCAAUGCUUGGGCAGAUAAGGAAGGGUAGAUAAAUAGCAUUACAAUAACAAAAACAAAUAGAAGACAGUGAGAAGUUAGAUAAACAGCCAUUUGUAAAUAUCGGCAAAGUUGGUUUGUUAGUUAGAAGGUGAAAAAGUAGUGAAAUUUGAGGCGAAUUUAGUGAAUUUGAUGAGGAAAAGGAGACAAGCUUUCGGAUAAUUGUAAAGAAAUUUGUUCAAGGUAAAUAGUUAUUCUUUAUUUAAGCUGUUUCGAUCUGUUUUGAAGGUUCCCAAAUUGGCGAAUCCAGUGGCCGGUUCAUCUCGACGGUAUCCUAGAGGUAGAGAAAUCGGAAUUAAAUACACUGAGGAGUAGUUGUAAGUAAAUAUUUGCAAAAAUAGGAAAAUUAUUAACAGUAAAUUUAACACACAGGGAGAACAUUUUCGAAGAAAAGCUUGAGAGAAAGUGAAGGAAGGAUUAGCUCUACGGAAGUGGUUGUAGUGUGCGAGGGAAGCAACCAAAUAUUUUUGAUCUACCACAAAAUAAACGUUGCUGCAAAAAUUGGUUCUAAUCCGAACAAACUCAAAAAUAUUUGAGCACGGAUUAACCCUUGAAGCGCCAUGGCCGAUCCAAACGCAAAGGAUCUUGACUUCACCGAAACUCCGUGCGCAGCAUGUGAUGAUGUGUCCACUGAAAACGAGCGGAUGAUUGGUUGUGAUGGCUGUCAGCAGUGGUUCCAUAUUCGAUGCGUCGGUAUAACGUCCGAAGCAGAGUUGGAGAAAAAGUGGUUCUGCGCAGACGAUAAAUGUCAACAAGCCAAGAAGAAGAAAAAGACGAGUCGCGCCAAGAAAAACGGUGACGAGUCGGACCGUUCCAGCGUCAAAUCCGACGCGGCACUCACUCUGGAGCAAAAGCUAAAGGCGAUGGAGGAGGGUCAAAAGCGUCAGGAGCAGGAAAUGGAUGCGGAAAUGAUAUUGAAGCGGAAAGAAAACGAAAUUAGGCAGUCGUUGGAGCGAAGACGGAUGUUGCUGGAGAAACAGAUGCGCGAAGAGGAAGAAGAACGGGAGAAGCAGUUGCAGGAAGAGAUUCUGCGGGAACGAAGAAUGCAACUAGAGCGUAUGCGAGCCAGGCAGCGUUCGUUCGAAGCAAGUAUGAAGAGCCUGGACGACGAAAUGGCCAAGCUGAAAUGCUCUUCGGAGAAGCAGAAGUUGAAGCAAGAUGCCGAUGUUGGUGAAGGAGUAUCUGGAGCAAAUAGAACACCGUUACGCAACCCGGAGGUUGGAAAGCUGACGGAGCAAAAUGUGGAAAAAUUGAAGAACACCCGAAUCGAAGGAUCCGAAGAAGAAACUGAUACCGAUGACGACGAUGAAGGAAGUGAUACCGAUGACUCCGACGAAGAAGACAGUGCCUCUGGUAAAGAAUCCAAAGUUUCGUCGGUUGGAAAAGCAAGUCGGAUCGAGUUAAGCGGCAAAGCCAGGCGCAACAUCGACAAUCUGAGCCAACACGGGCUGGGGCAGCCUCGACUUGGGCCUACCAAGGUGCAACUGGCGGCGAGAAGCGCGAUAAGCAAGAAGUUACCCACCUUUUCCGGGAAACCCGAAGAAUGGCCGCUCUUCUAUGGGACAUAUCAAGCGUCCAAUGAAGCCUGCGGUUACACCGACGUGGAGAACUUGGUGCGACUGCAGGAGUGCUUGAAAGGACCGGCACUUGAGAUGGUCCAAGGUCAGCUACUGCUUCCGAAGUCAGUUCCGAAAGUAAUCGUCAAGUUACGCCAGCUGUACGGUCGACCAGAACAACUACUGCAAAGCCACCUGGAAAAGGUUCGUCGACUAGAACCGCCGAAGGCAGGGAAGCUAGCCAGCUUCAUACCAUUCGGCACGGCGGUAGAGCAGUUGUGUGAACACCUGGAGGCGGCCGAUCUAAAGCAACACUUGGUGAACCCCUUACUAGUUCAGGAUCUAGUGGAUAAGUUGCCGGACAAUGACAAGCGUGAGUGGGUACGCUUCAAACGAGGUAAGAAGAAGGUUACGCUCCGGACCCUUACAGACUUUCUGUCGGAAAUUGUGUCGGAGGCAUGCGAAGCGAAUGUUAGCUUUGAGUACAAACCAGUGAACAAGCCCAUCGGUGAAGGGCGACCCAGUGCCGGAAGCAGUAGAUCGAAAGGAGCGAUGUUCAACCACAGCGAAGUAGAAAGCCAGACGUACGAGCCGCCAACCGGUGGUGUAGAACGGAAACAUUUGAAGCCGUGCAGAGUCUGCAAUCGUACUGACCACCGUUUACGGUAUUGCCAGGAUUUCAGGAAUUUGGCAUAUCCGGAUCGAUUGAAAGUAGUAGAACAGUGGAAGCUGUGUCAGGUUUGCUUGAACGAACAUGGCGCGGCACAAUGUAAGUUCAAACUACGCUGCAACGUCGGAGAGUGCCGACAAGCACACAAUUCCCUCCUGCAUCCCAUAGACAGUGUUGUCGGUACCAGCGCUCAUAUCCGGACAAAGAGCGUGAUGAUGUUCAGGAUGAUACCGGUCCGUCUGCACUGCGGAAACAAAUCGAUCACGGUGCUAGCCUUUUUGGAUGAAGGCGCGUCGGUGACGCUCGUUGAGAGGAGGCUUGCAGAUCGUUUAGGAGUAGUCGGUGUCCAUGAAAAAUUAACCAUCCAGUGGACGGCCGACAUCGAGCGUGUAGAGCGUAACUCUACGAGGACAAAUGUAUGGGUGUCGGCUAUAGGAGGUGAGGACAAGAUGUUGCUAACUGCAGUCCAUACUGUCAGCAAGUUGAUGUUACCAGCGCAGACACUAGACGCGAAAGAGUUGAGUCAACAGUACCGUCACCUUCGAGGGUUGCCGAUUUCCUCUUAUAGUGGACGUCCGGAAAUGCUGAUCGGGUUAAACAACCUGCACUCUUUUGCCCCACGCGAAGCAAAGAUCGGCACAGUCGCUGAACCGAUCGCAGUAAGGUGUCAGCUCGGAUGGACGGUGUACGGGCCGAAGCUAUCAUCGACUGCAGCGGCAGUCAACGGAUACAUGAAUGUUCAUCAAGGCGUCACCAACGAAGACCUCCAUGACCUCCUGAAAAACCACUACGCUGUAGAAGAGUCGGUGGUGACUGUUCAGCUUGAAUCUGCCGACGAAAAAAGAGCUCGUGAAAUUUUGGAACGAACUACCAAGCGUGUCGGAGAUCGUUUUGAAACCGGUCUAUUGUGGAAGACCGAUGAUCCAUCGUUUCCGGACAGCUACCCGAUGGCCCUUCGUCGACUAAAGCAGUUGGAGAAAAAGCUGGAGAAGAAUUCGAGUUUGCAGCAGAAUGUCCGCACGCAGAUUGUGGAAUACCAGAGAAAAGGCUACGCUCAUCUAGCAACCCCGAACGAACUUGCAGUUGCGGACCCCAAUAAGGUAUGGUAUCUACCACUGAACGUUGUGCUAAACCCAAAGAAGCCCGACAAGAUACGUCUGGUAUGGGAUGCUGCCGCUACCGUCCAAGGUAUGUCUUUGAAUAGUCAGCUAUUAAAAGGGCCAGAUAUGUUAGUUCCGUUGGUAUCUGUGAUAGUGGGAUUCCGUGAACAUCGAGUGGCUAUAGGUGGCGAUCUGCGGGAGAUGUAUCAUCAAAUCAAGAUUAUUGACGAGGAUAAACAGUUUCAGCGAUUCCUUUUUCGAGACGACCCACAGGAAACCCCUCGAGUGUACAUCAUGGACGUCGCUACAUUUGGGUCGACAAGUUCUCCUUGUUCGGCGCAGUAUGUAAAGAACUGCAAUGCGGAAGAAUACGCUGAACAGUUCCCGGAAGCAGCGGCGGCAAUCGUUAAGCGUCAUUACGUGGACGACUAUUUCGACAGUGUCGACACUAUCGAGGAAGCAAUCAGUCGUGCGAAAGAAGUGAAGUUUGUCCACCAAAAAGGUGGAUUUGAAAUCAGAAACUGGGUUUCCAACUCACCGGAAGUGCUCCAAAGUCUAGGUGAACAGCAACAGGUUUCAACAGUCCACUUCGCUGAAGAUAAAGGCUCUAUACAGGAGCGAGUGCUCGGAAUGAUUUGGAACCCUCAAAGCGAUGAGUUUUCUUUCUCCACAAAAUCCCGAGAACAACAUCUACCAUACUUCAGCGGUGAAAAGCGACCGACAAAACGUGCGGUGCUUAGCUGCGUCAUGGGUUUUUUUGACCCGCUGGGUCUGUUGGCGCCAUUUACGAUUCAUGGAAGGAUCAUCGUUCAGCAGUUAUGGCGUAGUGGAUGCGAAUGGGACGAAGCUAUCGACGACGAAUGUUGGGAAAUGUGGAAGCGUUGGAUUGGUCUUCUGCCGGAGGUAGAAAACAUCCGUAUACCCAGAUGUUAUCUUGGACGCCACUCGUACUCGGAAGCUGAAUCGGUUGAAGUACAUAUUUUCACGGAUGCCAGCGAACAUGCGUAUGGGUGUGUCGCAUUCCUUAGAGUAAACAUCGGAGGAGUUAUUAGGUGUUCUCUGGCCAUGUCUCGAUCAAAAGUAGCACCGUUGAAGAAGCAGUCUAUUCCACGUUUGGAACUAAUGGCAGCGGUUCUUGGAGCUCGUAUGAGUAGGACAAUGACAGAUACACAUUCGCUAAAAAUAAGCCGGUGUGUGCUGUGGACAGAUUCACGGACGGUGUGGAGCUGGAUCCGAGCUGACCAACAUCAAUACAAACAGUUUGUUGCAUUCCGAAUUGGAGAAAUAUUGGAGUUGACACGAGCAUCGGACUGGCGAUGGGUUCCCACCAAGCAGAACCUGGCGGACGUGCUGACAAAGUGGCAACAUGGAACAUUGAAUAGUGAGAGCGAAUGGUUCAGAGGUGCACCGUUCCUUUACGAGCCAGAGGACCAAUGGCCAACCCUCGAUGUACCGAUAGAGAAGACGAGCGAAGAAGCUAAGGGGUUUGUGUCCUUUCACUGUGUAGUCGAUGUCGACCGAUGCUCUCGUUGGACAACACUGCAGAGAGUGACAGCAUACGUAAUUAGAUUUAUCGAAAACUGCAAACGCAAAGUAGCUUCCCAACAAUUGGUCACCGUGCGAGCUUCGAAAAAUCAACAGCGUAUGAUCCUUGCGCAGUUGCCGUCAACCCAACGUUCAUUGGAGAAGGAGGAGCUUCAAAAAGCAGAGGUCCUACUGUGGAAGCAAGCACAACACGAUAGGUUUCCAGAUGAGAUAAGUCUUCUAUCAAAAAAUCUGAACAAAAAAUCCGGUGGCAUUUUGGAUUCGGUGAAGAAGACGAGUUGUCUUUAUAAAUUGUCGCCGGUGCUAGAUGAUGACGGAGUUCUUCGAAUGGGAGGCAGAAUGGAAAUGUCUGAGGAAAUGCCUUUCGACAAAAAGUUUCCGAUCAUCCUACCUCGGAAACAUGCGACGACAGCAAAAGUGAUCCAGUUCUACCAUGAGAAGUUCGCACACGCAAAUCGGGAGACAGUAACGAACGAGCUUCGCCAGAGAUUUUGGAUUCCAAAUAUUCGCACUGCGGUACGCCAAGUUGUAAAUGAAUGCGUCUGGUGCAAGGUGUAUAGGUGUCGUCCACAGCCCCCGUUGAUGGCUCCACUUCCAGCUGCACGAAUGACGGCCUACGUCCGACCUUUCCACUCGGUGGGCGUUGACUACCUGGGCCCAAUUGAAGUAACGGUUGGACGCAGAAAGGAGAAAAGGUGGGUUGCAGUUUUUACAUGUCUGGCCAUACGCGCUGUACACCUGGAAAUUGUCGCAAGCUUGUCAACGCAAUCCUGCCUUAUGGCCAUCCGUAGAUUCAGCUGUCGGCGAGGUGUUCCAAGUGAAAUCUAUUCGGACAACGCAACGUGUUUUAAAGGAGCCAACAAUGAAAUGCGAAGAAUCCACGGAGAGUGUUCUGAUAGAGUCGUGACCGCUGCGACAGCAUGGCAUUUCAACCCGCCUGCUUCGCCGCACAUGGGCGGCAUCUGGGAGCGGAUGGUGAGGUCCGUAAAGGAGGCGAUGAAGGCAUUGGAUGAUGGGCGGACAUUGUCAGAUGAAGUACUGAUAACCACCAUUGUUGAAGCGGAAGAUAUGAUCAAUGCACGACCGUUGACAUAUAUGCCACAAGAACCGACUUAUGGAGAAGCGAUCACACCGAACCACUUCCUUCGUGGGUCGGUUACCAGCGCUGACACGAUAGUAGACGAGACAGUGAACACGGCAUCGUCUUUACGUGAUUCAUACAAGCGUUCCCAACAACUAGCGAACCAGAUGUGGGAGAGAUGGUUGAAAGAGUACUUGCCGUUGAUCAACAGGCGUACCAAGUGGUUCGAAGACAAGGAGCCGAUACAACUGAAUGAUCUAGUUUUUCUAGUGGAUGGGAAGCACCGAAAGAAUUGGAUUCGAGGAAUUGUGGAAGACGUGAUACCAGGACCUGACGGACGAGUAAGGCAAGUGAUCGUACGCACAGGCCAAGGAUCGUACCGGCGAGCGGUUGCGAAUUUAGCGGUGUUGGAGAUCAGAUAGUAAAACCUGGAUUUCUGAGGAAUCACAGGAUGUUACGGGCUGGGGCGUGUUAACACCGCGCGCGGCCCACUGUCGCUCACCAAUACCAUGACGGAGCGGUGGCAUACCUCUAAUGUUGUUGCCGAUUUAUGUCAUUGCGCUUCAAUGCUUGGGCAGAUAAGGAAGGGUAGAUAAAUAGCAUUACAAUAACAAAAACAAAUAGAAGACAGUGAGAAGUUAGAUAAACAGCCAUUUGUAAAUAUCGGCAAAGUUGGUUUGUUAGUUAGAAGGUGAAAAAGUAGUGAAAUUUGAGGCGAAUUUAGUGAAUUUGAUGAGGAAAAGGAGACAAGCUUUCGGAUAAUUGUAAAGAAAUUUGUUCAAGGUAAAUAGUUAUUCUUUAUUUAAGCUGUUUCGAUCUGUUUUGAAGGUUCCCAAAUUGGCGAAUCCAGUGGCCGGUUCAUCUCGACGGUAUCCUAGAGGUAGAGAAAUCGGAAUUAAAUACACUGAGGAGUAGUUGUAAGUAAAUAUUUGCAAAAAUAGGAAAAUUAUUAACAGUAAAUUUAACACACAGGGAGAACAUUUUCGAAGAAAAGCUUGAGAGAAAGUGAAGGAAGGAUUAGCUCUACGGAAGUGGUUGUAGUGUGCGAGGGAAGCAACCAAAUAUUUUUGAUCUACCACAAAAUAAACGUUGCUGCAAAAAUUGGUUCUAAUCCGAACAAGG